AUGACACCCUCAAAGAAGACCAUGACUAGCGAUCCCCAAAUCGAUAUUCUCAAGAAGGCAAUCAAAUGUGUCCAUGGUACGAUCGACUUUGAUGAACUAGCAGAGUCUAUGGGUGUUGCAAAUGGCGAAGCCAUGCGUAAGCGAUUCAAACGCAUGUUUGACAAGGACGAUGAACCGCUCCAUAUGGUCGGCAGCACGCUAGGUGGCGGGUCUGAUGGUGCAGCAUCUGUCAAACCUGCUAGGACACCUCGAACGCCCAAAACAAAGACUGCUACUCCAGACACUGGCGUGAAUCCAGCCACACCUCGUUCGAAGUCUACUCAUGAAAAGAAGCGGAAGGCUUCAAAAUCCGAUGACGAAUCUGCCAAGGACGAGGGCUCUCUUAGUGGACCAAUCAAGGACGAUGCAACCUCCAAUGACGGUGGUGUUGUCGCAGGGCCUGAAUCACCUCCUAAAAAGAGAAAGACAAGCAACACUACCAGUACUCCAAAGUCAACCAAGCAAUCGAAAGCCGCGAAGUUCACCAAGGUUACCAAGAUGACUCGAGAGCACGAGACUGGUCUCAAAGACAAUGACGAAAGUAAAGUCAAGGAAGAAGACAGUAAGAUUGGCAGUCCAGAAGUUCAAGCCAUGGUAGACGGUGAAAUCAAGAAAACCGAAAAAGCCACUGGUGGUGCUGUCGGAGAACCAGAGCGACAAGCUAUCCACGAUGGUGUUCAAAAGAAGGUUGCUUCGACCGUCAGUGGUUGA